UAGACACCGAAGGGGCUCGGGAUUGCGGAAGUUUUGAAGAGGGUCGGCGGCGGGUUCUCGCAGUGUUGUUUUAAGAACAAGUUGUGGAAAGAAGACCUCCCCCGGAGUGGGGCUGUGACUACAGGGCACGGCCCGACGCCCCUGCUGCUGGCUCUCCUCGCCCCUUGUGUAACCCCAGGGAACCGCCUCUCACCUCCACCAUGUCAUCCGCCAGCCCCAACCUCCAGAAAGCCAUUGAUCUGGCCAGCAAGGCCUCCCAGGAAGACAAGGCUGGGAACUUCGAGGAAGCCCUGCAGCUCUACCAGCACGCCGUGCAGUACUUCCUGCAUGUGAUCAAGUAUGAAGCACAAGGUGACAAGGCCAAGCAGAGCAUCCGGGCCAAGUGCACGGAGUAUCUUGAUAGAGCGGAGAAGUUGAAGGAGUAUCUGAAACAGAAGGAGAAGAAACCCCAGAAGCCGAUGAAGGAGGCUCAGCCCAGCCCAGCUGAUGAGAAGGGGAAUGACAGUGAUGGGGAAGGAGAAUCUGACGAUCCUGAAAAAAAGAAACUACAGAAUCAGCUUCAAGGUGCCAUUGUUAUAGAGCGACCAAACGUGAAAUGGAGUGAUGUCGCUGGUCUGGAAGGAGCCAAGGAAGCCCUCAAGGAGGCUGUGAUUCUGCCCAUCAAGUUCCCGCAUCUCUUCACAGGCAAGAGAACGCCGUGGAGGGGAAUCCUGUUGUUUGGGCCACCUGGAACGGGAAAGUCCUACUUAGCCAAAGCGGUUGCAACGGAAGCCAACAACUCCACGUUUUUUUCAAUAUCUUCCUCUGACCUUGUUUCUAAGUGGCUAGGUGAAAGUGAAAAAUUGGUGAAGAACUUAUUCCAGCUUGCCAGAGAGAACAAGCCUUCCAUUAUAUUCAUUGAUGAAAUCGAUUCUCUGUGUGGUUCGAGAAGUGAAAAUGAAAGUGAAGCUGCACGUAGAAUUAAGACAGAGUUCCUGGUUCAAAUGCAAGGAGUUGGUGUGGACAAUGAUGGAAUUUUGGUUCUGGGAGCCACAAAUAUCCCUUGGGUUCUGGAUUCUGCCAUUAGGCGAAGAUUUGAGAAACGAAUUUAUAUUCCUUUGCCGGAAGCUCAUGCCCGAGCUGCAAUGUUUAAACUGCACUUGGGAACGACUCAGAACAGUCUCACAGAAGCUGAUUUCCGAGACCUUGGGAAGAAAACAGAUGGUUACUCAGGGGCAGAUAUAAGUAUCAUUGUACGUGAUGCACUUAUGCAGCCUGUUAGAAAAGUACAGUCAGCUACUCAUUUCAAAAAGGUGCGUGGUCCUUCUAGAGCGGAUCCUGGACACAUUGUUGAAGAUCUGCUGACACCCUGCUCUCCAGGAGAUCCUGGUGCCAUGGAAAUGACAUGGAUGGAUGUGCCUGGGGAUAAACUUCUGGAGCCAGUUGUUUCCAUGUCGGACAUGUUGCGGUCACUGUCAAGUACCAAGCCCACGGUCAAUGAACAAGACUUACUGAAGUUAAAGAAGUUUACAGAAGACUUUGGCCAAGAAGGCUAAACCAAAGGUGGCAGUGAAGCCAUUUCCCCUGUGUACUCUUUCUUUCCUGGGUAUUUUUGCCUUUCCUGGAUGGCUUUCAGAUUAUUUCCACUAAAAACUCCUACUGCAGGGAGAAGUGUUCAUCUCUCUGCAGUGUUACUUUGUGUUGUGUAUUGUACUUUUCCUCCUAAACAUCAUUUAUAUCAUCAGUGUAAAAUUUAUUUACCUUAUAAAAAGUCUAAAGUGGUAGGAACCUUGGCUCUCAGGGAUGGUCAGCUGAGCAGCAGUGGGCACCGAGUGCGUCGGAGGCCGAGUGGGCACCGAGUGCUGCAGCCAGAGCUCUGGUAAAGUGUUAGUAGGAAAAUGGUUUCUCUCUGUGUAGAGUCACAUAAUUUCUUUCAAGGCAACAAGCUUUUAUAUUUAAAUGAUACCUUUCACUGUGCAAUCUCAAGAGAAACACUUUCUAAAUUAGCACUUCUUUACCAUGUCUUUUUGUAGCAAUUCUGACCAAACAGCUAGUAAAUAAAGAAGAAAUUUUAAAUGAUUGUUGUGAAAUAUUGUAACAGAAACCUUUGCUCAAGAGAAAUGUUCUCCUUUUGGAUUAUGGGAAGUUUCUUAUGUGUAAUGGGGGGGGUAUGUGUACAUAUAUAAAUAUAUAUAUACCUACAUAAUUUUUUUAAUGUAGAAUAGUAAGAGUCUUGUCUGUCACCUUUAAGUUUAGGGAACAGUUUGUCCUGGGCAAAUAUGUGUUAUCAGUGUAAUAGUUUAAGAAAAAAUGACCUGGUAUCUCCAUUAAAUGGCAAACAUGGCAUUAUGUGACUCUUCACAUGAGUAAUCUGAGGAUGUGCAUUGCACACGUUCACGCCAACGCUGAGUUGUGCCUUGUAGGUCUGUAUUGACUGUCCAUGUACAGGAGUGAGGUAGAUGUCCUUCGUUCAAUAUUCUACCUUCAACAUGCUCUCGAGUGACUUGCAUCUUAAGUAUAUUUGCACAUUGUACAUUCUACGUUAUAUGGUUGCCUUGGGACUUGGGAAGAGGUUGCUUUAUUGAUACGGAAACCCUUGGCCUGAAAAUACUGUUCUUAUGUGAAGUGCAUUGAUAAAAUCUACCAUUGAUGAUA